UUACGUGACGUCACGAUUGACGCGUCCCCUCCUCGACUGUCGUUUUUACUUUUAGCUUAAACUGGAGUACAUUCAGACAAUAUUUACACAGAUGAUUGUAAUGCACCGUUAAUGGAGAAUCUUAGAGGCCCGCAAAAUACCAGAAUGUGCUCGGAUUAGGAUGUUUGCUGCUGGUGCUUUUAGCAUGUGUGCUAAUAGCGCUCCUCAUUCAGUGUUUCAAUGUGUGUGUGAUAGAUAGCUAACAUAGCAGCUCACAGCCUCCGAUUUUACUUCGAUAUCUUUUAGAGCAGGGUAAUAGAAAACUGUGAGCCUCUGGUCAUCUGGGGAUUGUUCUGACACAUCUGAGAGAUGAGCGUGUGUGAGGAGCAGGACGAGGCCUGUGGGGCGGGAUCUCGGUGUUAACCUCUGCGGAGAGCCGUCUGUGGGGAACAUGUCCGUGCACGAGGACCUGGACCACCCGCGCUUCUUCGUGGGAGCUGAGGAUGGAGAGGGGGAUGAGCUGCUGGACCCGGGCAGAGUGCUCGGCUACGACUGCCUGUACGAGAACGUGGAAGAGGAGGAUGAGGAGCGAGACGACGAUGAAGAAUAUGAUUCGCCCCCAGAGAGACAGAUCGUGGUGGGUAUCUGUGCCAUGUCCAAGAAGUCAAAGUCUAAGCCCAUGAAGGAGAUCCUGGAGAGACUGUGUCUGUUCAAGUACAUCACUGUGGUUACACUUGAGGAGGAAGUCAUUCUGAACGAGCCGGUGGAGAACUGGCCCCUCUGCGAUUGCCUCAUCUCUUUCCACUCCAAAGGAUUCCCUCUGGAUAAGGCUGUGGCUUAUGAGAAGCUGAGGAAUCCAUUUGUCAUCAACGAUCUGGAUCUUCAGUACUUUAUUCAGGACAGGAGAGAGGUGUAUCGAAUCCUGAAGGCCGAGGGAAUACAACUGCCUCGCUUUGCAGUCCUGAACAGAGAUCCUGCCAGACCAGAAGAAUGUAAUCUGGUGGAGGGAGAGGACCAUGUGGAGGUGAACGGGGAGAUUUUCCAAAAGCCGUUCGUGGAGAAGCCAGUUAGUGCCGAGGACCACAAUGUGUACAUUUACUACCCCACGUCUGCAGGAGGAGGCAGCCAGCGGCUCUUCCGCAAGAUUGGCAGCAGAAGCAGCGUGUAUUCUCCUGAGAGUAACGUCAGAAAGACUGGAUCCUACAUCUAUGAGGAGUUCAUGCCUACAGAUGGAACUGAUGUGAAGGUGUACACUGUAGGGCCCGACUACGCCCACGCAGAGGCCCGUAAAUCCCCUGCUCUGGAUGGCAAGGUGGAACGAGACAGCGAGGGGAAAGAAGUCCGUUAUCCAGUCAUCCUCAACGCCAGAGAAAAACUCAUCGCAUGGAAAGUCUGUUUGGCUUUCAAGCAAACAGUGUGUGGCUUCGACCUGCUCCGAGCCAAUGGCCAGUCUUACGUCUGUGAUGUCAAUGGCUUCAGUUUCGUCAAGAACUCCAUGAAGUACUACGACGACUGUGCUAAAAUCCUGGGGAAUAUCAUCAUGAGAGAAUUGGCUCCACAGUUUCAGAUCCCGUGGUCUAUACCUUUAGAAGCAGAGGACAUUCCCAUAGUUCCCACAACCUCUGGAACGAUGAUGGAGUUGAGGUGUGUGAUCGCUGUGAUUCGACAUGGUGACAGAACUCCCAAACAGAAGAUGAAAAUGGAAGUUCGACAUCAGAGAUUUUUUGACCUCUUUGAAAAAUGUGACGGUUACAAAAGUGGGAAACUGAAACUGAAAAAGCCAAAGCAACUCCAAGAAGUCUUGGACAUUGCCAGACAGCUGUUGGUAGAACUGGGCCAAAAUAACGAUUCAGAAAUUGAGGAGAGUAAAGCAAAGCUUGAACAGCUGAAAACAGUCCUCGAAAUGUACGGCCAUUUCUCUGGCAUUAAUCGCAAGGUUCAAUUAACAUAUCUGCCACAUGGUUGCCCUAAAACGUCCAGUGAAGAGGAAGAUGUGCGGAGGGAUGACCCAUCACUGUUGCUGGUCUUGAAGUGGGGUGGCGAGUUGACUCCAGCUGGCAGGGUUCAGGCCGAAGAGCUCGGUCGGGCCUUUAGGUGUAUGUACCCUGGAGGACAAGGUGACUACGCUGGCUUCCCUGGCUGUGGGCUUCUCCGUCUGCACAGCACAUACAGGCACGACCUGAAGAUAUACGCCUCUGAUGAGGGACGCGUUCAGAUGACUGCCGCAGCGUUUGCAAAAGGCCUGCUGGCGUUAGAGGGAGAGCUGACGCCCAUCCUGGUUCAGAUGGUGAAAAGUGCCAAUAUGAACGGCCUGCUGGACAGUGACAGCGACUCCUUAAGCAGUUGCCAGCAGAAAGUCAAAGCACGACUUCAUGAGAUCCUGCAGAAGGACAGAGACUUCACGCCAGAAGACUUCGAGAAGCUGGCGCCCACCUCCAGCACAUCCCUUGUGAAGUCCAUGCAGAUGAUCAAAAACCCUGUGAAGACCUGUGAUAAGGUGUACUCCCUCAUUCAGAGCCUAACGCUGCAGGUCCGCCAGAGGAUGGAAGACCCCAAAUCAGCAGAUAUCCAGUUGUACCACAGUGAGACUCUUGAGCUGAUGCUGCGUCGAUGGUCUAAACUCGAGAAGGAUUUCAAGAUGAAGAAUGGCCGGUACAACAUCAGCAAGAUACCUGAUAUCUACGACUGCAUCAAAUAUGAUGUGCAGCACAACAGCUCAUUAAAGCUUGACCACACUAUGGAAAUUUACCGCUUAUCCAAAGCACUGGCUGACAUUGUCAUCCCACAGGAAUAUGGUAUUUCUCAGCCUGAGAAACUGGACAUAGCCAAAGGUUACUGUACACCUCUAAUUCGCAAGAUCCGCUCUGACCUACAGAGGACCCAGGAUGAUGACACUGUGAAUAAACUGCACCCAGUAUAUUCCCGGGGAGUCAUGUCUCCUGAACGCCAUGUGCGGACCAGACUUUACUUCACCAGUGAGAGUCACGUACACUCACUGCUGUCUAUCCUGCGUUACGGCGCCCUCUGUGAUGAGGCCAAAGAUGACCAAUGGAGGAGAGCCAUGGAUUACCUUAAAAUCGUCAGUGAGCUGAACUACAUGACACAGAUAGUCAUCAUGCUCUAUGAAGACCCAAACAAGGAUCCUUCAUCAGAGGACCGUUUCCAUGUGGAGCUUCAUUUCAGUCCAGGAGCUAAAGGCUGCGAAGAAGAUAAAAACCUGCCAUCUGGGUUUGGAUACAGACCAGCAUCCAGAGAGAAUGAGGGCUCCAAGAAGAAAUCCCAUAAUGACAGUGACGAGGAGGCCGCUGGUGCCAAGCGGGACGAGCCGGAUCGAGCCCUGAUGAUGUUCCGCCCCAUGGUGUCGGAUCCCAUUUACAUCCACCGCAAGUCCCCUCUUCCCCGUUCCAAAAAGAUUGGCUCUGUGGAAGAAGAGAGCCCCCUGAGUGUGUCUAGCCCUGACUCUAUAGGUACCUGGAUUCAUUACACCUGUGGUGGUGUUGGUACUGGGCGUCGAAGACGCAGAUCAGGGGACCAAAUAACUUCCUCCCCAGUCUCCCCCAAAUCACUGGCUUUCACAUCCAGUAUUUUUGGCUCAUGGCAACAGGUUUUUACCAAUUUAAUUCAUUCUUCACACCAACCACUAACGCACUAUGAAUUAAAAGAGAGCCCUACAUCAGGGUCUCAUUGUGCUGGCUUGUUUAGCACCAUGGUGCUGGGCGGCUCCUCCAGCGCUCCUAACCUACAAGAUUACGCUCACGCACACCGUAAAAAGCUGACCUCCUCUGGCUUCUUAGAUGAAGCUACGCGUGGCUCUGCUGUUAAAAGAUUUUCUAUCUCAUUUGCGCGACACCCAACCAAUGGUUUUGAGUUGUAUUCCAUGGUUCCUUCAAUCUGUCCCUUGGAGACCCUCCAUAAUUCCCUGUCUCUCAAACAAGUGGACGACUUCCUCGCCUCCAUAGCCAUAUCCAAUGACCCAGUCCUGGAAAUGUCUCCUUCCUCGCCAGCUCUGCCCUCAAAGAAGGCUCCUUUGAACACUUACACUCCAGCUAAAGUUUUGCCCUGUCCAUUCACACAAUCCCUUGGCAAGAAGACGUGCUCACCGGAGAAGAGUGCAUCAGAUCAGGAUGAUUUUCCCGCCAGAAAACCCAAAGAAAUUUCAGCAGAUGUUCCAGAGCCCAGUGCAAGUAGUGGCAAAACCCCACACCCAAGCUCAGAGACCACACAGCCCAACCCGGCUCCAAACAUCUCCAUCACUGAUCCCUCCUUUAACACCCAACCACUGUCCUGUGGCUCAACCAGUGGCACACCAGCACAUGAAGUCCCUGCUCUAGAAAAGAAGAGUGUUACCAAAACCAUGCCAGGCUUUUACACAUGACAUCAAUCUGCAAACCAUCAACUGGGAAAUGUACAGUAUAUCACAGUACACUCAGUACACAAGCAGAGGACCACAUGCCAUGGACCUAGCCAACCAAAACAGGAUUUCUGUUCAGACAGAUUAGAGCAAUUCUUAGAGCAUGUUACAAGCCUGACUUUGUUACUUAUAGUGACAAGAAUUUGUCAUAAUUAGCAGUACCUUUAUUUUGUAUUUAAAGGAACAUCUUACUGAAUGUUUGUUACCAAAACAGUCCACCAAAAGAGAUCACAUUGUUGUAAUUACAAUCAUAUCGUAAGCUUAUUUAGCUCUUCCAUUCACCCUGAAUGGUUCGGAAGAAUGUGUUUGUAUAUUUGAAUGUCGAAAUGUAAAAGCUUGCAUAGAAUUUACUUGUCAUAGUAUGACAUGUUACUGCAGCUGGUUUUAAUUCUUUUGGAAUAUUUAAUGAAUACAGCACAUUCUGGGGCCUCAUCAAACAAGGUCCUAAGUGAUAUUUCGUGUUUAGAAACAUAUUUUUAAUGCAUAUUUCAUUACAAUCAGAAUGUGCUAUUAUUUCCCUCCACUGUAAUGGAAAUCUGCCUUAUGUUAAUUACUUUUACAUCAAAUUGAAAUUAAACUAAAUGUUGUGAAUAUUGGGAAUAAACUUCGGCUGAUGACAUUU